GUACAAAAAACUGAGUCUCCUGUGUUGAUAAGAUUAACCAAUAACAAUUGGCUCUAUGUGUGGGCCCAUUAUAUAUAACUAUGCGAUGGUGCGAAUUGGCACACAUUGUUUUCGUUCGGCAAACAUAACAAAUCACCAAACACCAACAUGCUGACCUUUGAGGAAAUCGUUGAGAAGGCAAAGGCCUUCAGCAAGAACGUCACCAAGGAGGACUUCCUGGAGUUCUACGGCUACUACAAGCAGGCCACCGUUGGCGACUGCAACAUCGAGGAGCCCGAGGAGGAGGACAAGAAGGCCCGCUACAAUGCCUGGAAGAGCAAGGCUGGUCUGACCGCCGAGGAUGCCAAGAACCACUACAUCGAGGUGUACAAGAAAUACGCCGCCAAAUACGAGUAAAAUGUGCAUUUCAAGUAGUUUGCAUUAGUUGAUUUCUUGUGAACCCAUCACGAAAACAAAUAUUCAUGCCACAAAUUGCCCGUUGUUAACAAAUGUAUUUAUUGUAUUUUUAUAUUAACGUUAAUAAACCCGUAAUCAUUUAAAACUAA